UCUCCUUCUUUCCAUCUAGCGGCCGCCUAAGUCCUAACCCUCUCUUCUCCCGAAGAAAAAAGAACAGAAUACAUAGAAAGGAAGCUUCUCUCUCGCUCACUUCCUCCUUCCUCUCCCAAAAGAAAAUGACUCACAAUCCUCCCGUUCCAGCUCUCUAUUCUUUUCUGGUGCUGAAAAGGAAUAGGAUGUGAGGAAGGCCGGCUGCAGCGACGAUGACGUCUACUAAUUCCUCCGGUGACGAUGAUGACAUCGGGGAUGGGAAUCAGAGAUUGAAACGGAAUCGACAGUGGCGAAGGACAAAGGGGAGCACCGAUGACGACAAAAGAUGACGCCGCCGCCGGCAAUCGACGAAACCCUUCUGAGAAGAAGGAAGGCAGUGCAAGGAAGAAGAAGAAGAGGAAGUUCGACGAGGGGAAAGAAGUCUGGGUAUUUUUUGUUUUCAGAGAGGGAAGGGAAUAUCUGGGGAAGAAGACGAAGAAGAAAAGAGUUCAGCAGCCGAUGAAGAAGAAGCUGUCCGACUUUUUAGUUCUAUAUUUUUAUGUGCUUGAGAGAUGAGAGGUUUUUUUCUUUCUGUUGGUUGCUUUUGGAAGGGGAAAGGAAAAAUCCAGAGGAAGAAGAAGCCAGCCAGCCCCCUUAUCUAAGAGCCAAAGGGCUCUUUUUAUAGAACAAGGCAGCUUAGGGAACAAGUAAGCUACAGUGUUGGUUAUGGGUUGGAUCGGACCGAUAUGGGUUUGGUCAGACCUGUUCUCUGAUCGGUUCGACUUUGUUCACUGAUUUGGUUGAGGGUUGACUUGGGCAGUUUUGAGCUUAAUUGUAAAAUUGGAAUUAUUAAUUGUUCUAAUUAUGUAGUUA